AAUUCUCGUUUACGAAUGAUUAAAAAAUCAACAGAUCAACAUAACCUGAAAUUCUAUUUACUUCAAGCUGGAUUAAAAAUCCAAAAAGGAAUAAACGAAAUCGAGGAAAAAUGUGCCGCAAGUCCAGGAGGUGGUUCAUUAUCAAGUGGGUGUUCAAUAGUGACAAUUGCUUCCGUAUCAAACUCUGAACCAGAUCCUGAUUAUCCAAAUGGUCCAGAGAAACAUACAGAAAAAAAGCACAGUAGCCUAAAUGAAAAAUGGUACGAAACGACACUUCAAGUCUCGGUUCCUUUCUUUAUUGCCGGCAUAGGAACUAUUGGCGCUGGACUUGUUCUCGCCGAAGUUCAAAAUUGGCCGGUGUUUAAAACAAUAUCACAAUUAUUUAUCCUGGUUCCUGCCCUUUUGGGCCUGAAGGGAAAUUUAGACAUGUGCCUCGCGUCACGUCUUUGUACACAAGCAAAUUUAGGAAAUAUGAAUUCCUACAGAGAAAUAACGAAAAUGGUCAUUGGAAAUUUAGCUUUAGUUCAAAUUCAAUCAAUCGUUGCUUCGACAUUGGUCGCCCUUUUUGCCAUUACUGUAUCAGCUGCGAUGGAUGGUAAAUAUUCAUGGGACCAUUCUCUUCUAAUGAUCGCCUCUAGUGUUUGCACAGCCACAAGUUCCUGCUUCAUUUUAGAUUUUGUGAUGAUUGCAGUCAUUAUGUUCUCACAUCGUUGUAAAAUGAAUCCAGACAAUUUGGCAACACCGUUGGCAGCAUCAAUUGGCGAUGUUGUCUCAAUAAGUGUAUUAUCCGCUAUCGCCUCUUCAUUUUUCCUAAAACUCGAAUCGGAAAUUUGGAUUUUAUACAUAAUUAUCCUUAUGUAUUUGAUUCUAUUACCGUUUUGGAUUUACAUUGUUUUACACAAUAAAUAUACAAGGAAUGUAUUAACUUCUGGAUGGGUUCCAGUGAUAUCUGCUCUAUUUAUCAGUGGUCUCGGUGGGCUUGUACUCGAUCAAGCGGUAAAUGUUCUCAAUGGAUUCGUAAUAUUCCAGCCGAUUAUCAAUGGAAUUGGGGGAAAUUUAGUUUCAGUUCAAGCCUCAAGAAUAUCAACAAUGCUACAUCAAACAUCCCUAAUGGGCAUCAUUCCUCCACACACAAAAUUAUUCGUUUCUCCAUGGACUGCUCUUGUCAAAGGAGUACCAUCAGCAAAAUCUGCACGAAUUCUCAUUGCCAUGUCGAUCCCAGGUCAUCUAAUAUUUAUCUUCGCCGCUGAUUAUUUUAAACAUGGACACUCCACCAUUCACAUUUCUUUUGCUGUAUCUUAUCUACUGGUUGCUUGCCUGCAGGUAAUGCUUUUACUUUACGUGGCACACAUAAUUGUUCACGCAAUGUGGAGCCACAAGAUUGAUCCGGACAAUUCGGCGAUACCAUAUCUGACAGCAUUGGGCGAUCUUUCUGGCUCAAUUUUCCUAGGAGCAGCAAUGUACUUCCUCAUGUCAAUUGGUAGACAAUACGGUGGAUGACAAUAAGUGGUAAACAAAAUUUUUUUCUAACUAGAAAUUCAGAAAUGACUUUUCUGAAACGUUUCAGAAAUCAUUUUUCUGGAACAAUAGAAUAUAAACUGAGUUUUAUAUUUUAUUCAAAAUAAAUUGGCACAGUGAUGAAAAAUUUCUGUCUCGAGAUUUAUAAAAAAGAAACCGAAAUUCUCAAAAAGCAUGUGACAAAAAAAUCUUCCACAUCUCAUGUGCCAAUAAUCUAGUCCAAUUUUUUCCAAAACAGAAUAAUACAAAAAUCAAUUCUGUUACUCGAAAGAAAAAGAUUCAUAAAAGCAUUGAAUUUUUAAAAACUAGAUAGUUUAUUUAUAAAGUCAAUGUAACUUUAUAAAAAAAUCUUUUCAUAAAAGUCAUAUUUAUAAAAUUAAAUCAAUGAAUUUA